CGAGCCGGCAGAUGAUUUGCGUGCGAAGCGCUGCUGACUCAGACGCAUUUACUGGUAGGAAUGUCACAAAUUAUAAACAAGAAUAAUAUACGAAAAUUCCCAAAAAUAUAAUUAAAAAUGACAAAAAACCAAAACAGGCGCCAAUUGACGGCGACUGCGAAAUGAAAAACGUGAUAAGCGGCGGCGCGUAAACAAAAAACGAGCAAAAUAAAAAUAUGUACAUACCUGCAAGCAUAUAUAUGUACAUAUAAAUAUAUGUAUGCAUGUAUGUGUAUAAAUUGAAGCACAUCAGAAAAUUAUUUAUAUGCGUAAUGUAAUUAAGUACUCAAUGAACCGCAGGGAAGUCGCCGCAAGCAGCAACAAAAAGCGGCCAAACAGGCAGCUGCCGUUAAACCGGGCCGUAUGGCAAUGGGCGCGAGCAGGAGCGGUAUAUGCGCCAGCCAUGCAUUGGACAAGGUCAAGUUGGCUCAGCCGCUGCCGCUGCCGCAGCUCAGUCUCAGCUGGCGCCGUUCGAUAAGCUUCGGCUUUUUUGAUAACACGCACACGGAUUCUGUAUAAAACAUUGCCGCCGCAUCCCAAUCAGCAUCACUUGCGGACUUACAGCCCAAUCAGCAACAGCGUGUUUCCAAUUCCCAAUUUCCCAUUCCACAUUCCAACAAGAUGUCGUCGCAGUUCAAUUUUGUCGCUCUGCUCGCCUGCGCUUUUGUCCUUGUGCUGGCCAGCCACAGCGCGCAGGCGGCCAUUGCGCGCGCCGACUUCAGCAAUCCCACUUACCCGGGCAAGUGCGUGCUGGACUCCAACUCGAUAAUGUCGCCCGGUCAGACGGGCAAGGCGCCGAAUCAUCUCUGCGCCGGCGUCACAUGCCUGGAUAACGGACAUGUCGAGUUUCGCACAUGCACCGCUGUGGCGCCACGCAAGGGCUGCAAGCUGCGCGACUUUGUCAACACUAAUCGCAGCUUCCCCGAGUGCUGUGAGCGCACCUACGACUGCAACAAGCAGAUUUAAAUGUUAUCGUUGAGCGCGCUGCUUUGUGCAUAUUUUUUGUUU